AUGACAAGUAACAAGUCUCAAGGACAAACUCUUAUCCAAGUAUCCAUUCAUCUUCCACGACCAUGCUUUACAUAUGGACAACUUUAUGUUGCGUUAUCACGAGCCAAGAAAUCAAAAGAUGUUUGUGUUCUUACAGCAAAUGCUACGAACCAGUCUGCAAAUGUUUUUAAGAGCAGUGUAGCAAUGACAAUUAACAAGUCUCAAGGACAAACUCUUAGCCAAGUAUCCAUUCAUCUUCCACGAUCAUGCUUUACACAUGGACAACUUUAUGUUGCGUUAUCACGAGCCAAGAAAUCAAAAGAUGUUUGUGUUUUUACAACAAAUGCUACAAAUCGGUCUGCAAAUGUUGUUAAGAGCAGUGUUGCACAGGGUUCAGAUGAAGCAUCUGAUUUACACCAGAACAAUUCUAACUUAAGAUGUGAAGCUGACAUUGCUAUUAUCAAUGUUUAG